AACAGUAAACAAAACACCCGCGAAUUUCAUAAUUUGCUAUUUAAAAUGAAUUUUCCACAGAAUCCGCCACUAAACAGAGUUCCUGGUGUUAUUGCAAAGCCUAAAGAAUAUGCUCUUGAUAAAGAUCUUACGAAACUAUCAAAGCGAGAGAUUCUAGAUUUGAAAAGUCGUCAAGAGAAAUUAUUGGAAAACAAAGGUCGUCUUAACAAGCUUCCUGACAAAGGUAAAAAGAUUAAGGAUCUUUAUGAUCGUGUGCUGGCUGCGUUGGAAUUGAAAAAUGAAAUUGAAAUGACAUCAAAUCUUCUUUCAUCCCUUAAACUCAAUACCAACGAUUUAAAUAACAUGGAAUGGAGAGAUAAAAAAAUAAUCUCAAAAGAUAUCUUAGAUAGUGAUGACGACGAAGACCCUUUAGCUAUUAUGGCUUCAUCCAAUAGCGUCAACAAUAAUCAGAAAAUUAUUAAAAAUUCAAAGGAAAGUGAUGCUGAUAAGCCAUUAAUUACAGAAGAAGAUUUAAAAGAGGCUGACGAAAUUAGAAAUUCAGAAUUAGUUUUUGAUCCUGUUCUCAAUUAUGUAUGUCGAAAAGAAAACAUUGAUCCGCCUUCACGUUUCUUACCGUACAAGCCAAAACCAAAAACUUUUGACUCUUCCUCGACAUCUCUGGAAGCUGAAAGCAAAAAAACUGUUCGUGACAAUACAGCUGCCACCCCACCAGUUAUUAAAUGUGGUGUGAAAUCUCUUACGAUUCGGGAAUCACUUGAAAUUGAGGAUCAACAUCGUCAAAAAAUGAAAGAGUUAAAAGAACAACAAGCUGCUGAAAGGCUUGCGAUUAAAAUCAAAGAAUUAGGAGUACAAUCAAACGAAUCAAUCGUGAAUACGAAGAAACUCGUCGUUUCGGACAUGCAUAAAUAUCGUUUAGCUUCUUCAAUCAUUGAUGAUAUAGAAUCGGACGAAAAUGAAGAAAAGUUUUCAGAUCAAGACGAAGACGAUGACGGAAAUCAAUAA